AUGACCCGGCUGCUCCUGGCGUUCUGGGCGUCUCUGGUGUCUGUGGAGCUCGCCCGAGGCUUGGUGAAUAGGAUGCCAGCCGGAAACCUGAGCUGCUUCCAGUGUUUCAAGGUCUACCGACUCAACCGGUGUCAGCCCAAGGUGUGCCAGCCAGAUGAAAAAGUCUGCCACAGCAAUGAGGUGCUCCUUUACACGAAUUCAAGGAGAAGAAGACAGAUCAGCAAGCACUGUGCUGUCCAUUGUCCCAACUCCAACAGUGAGUUUGAGUGGACAAUUACCGAAGGAAUUCGGGCCAAAAUCAUCAGACGAUGCUGUUCAGAGUAUCUCUGCAACAGAGCACCUGACACCCAGGAGAGGUUCAGGGCCCUGCCAGGGAGGAUGCUGCUGCCAAUGAGUCUGGGCCUCUUCGGCACCCUGUUGUGA